AGUAGCAAGAACAAGGAAAAAACCUUUUUCCAGAGCUGGGCUAUAAAUGAGCAGGAACUCACAGUGUAAUCUGGUAGAGUGCAGCUAAACACUGAUGCUGAGUCUUUAUACACGCUGAUGCAUAUUUAGACCAUUUCUACCUUACCUGCUUGAGGUAUCAUUCGAUUGCAAAGAGGAAAGAAAACAACAAUCUCCCAGAAUGCUUUUUGUUGCUGUGUUUGCCCUUCUUGCAUUUUCUGCUGCAGGUGCCUCAGCGUUGCCUCUGUACUCGUUCUCUGCACCAGUGGGGUCCGGAUAUGGCACAUCAUAUGUAAUCACUGGAAAGGGAAGGAUCACUGCCAUAAGAGUAUGGGAUACGUACAGUGGUCACAUCUAUGGCAUCCAGUUCAGAUACGGCUUCGGCUGGUCUGCUGUUGCUGGUUACGCUUCUGGUGAUGUCCAUGAAAUGGACCUGUAUGAUGAUGAGGCCAUCAUCCAGGUUUCUGGAAAGUAUGCUUACUACCUGCAGUCUGUGGUGUUCACUACCAACAGGGGCCGCUCCCUGUUUGCAGGCCAGCCUGCAGGUCAGUCCUUUAACAUGUAUCCAGAAAACGACCAGACUGAGCUGGUCUUCAUUAAUGGCCGGGUGCACGGAGGAAUCACCUCUUUGGGAGCUCACUGGGCUAUUACCAAUUCAUCCAACCAGAUUGCUGCUUGACACUAAAGAAGAAAACAGAGGAGAGUUUGCUGGAACAAAAUAGGAUCAGUUGUGCUGUUAACUUUUAAAUUUUUAAUGUCUUGUUUAAUUAAAAAAAUAGUUAUUUCAAUUCUGUGAAUUUAUUUUCAUAAUCACUUAAAUGAUAAACCUUGAGUUUAUGGAUUUCUUAUUUUUGCAAAGCAUUUUGUUUUAAAUCAUUGUUCUUUUUUGUGUACUUGAAAUGUGUCUUUCCAGAAAACAUGGAUCUCUAAAUUCUUUAUUUCUUUCGAUUGAAUCUUUUGAUUUCUUGGUUUUGCUUCUUUAAUUUUACUGUCAGUAUCAUGUUACUCAAGUGUAAUUUGAUCAAAUUUGUGCAUUAACAUGUAGCAAGAUUAAUAGUAUGAAAAUAAAUGAAUUAAAUAGCAAACAAAAACCUUCUAAAGUUAUAUC